AAUUUAUUAAUUUAUUUUCAGCUCAACAUAUGGAACAAUUCCUCGAAAUUCUACUCUUUUUGUCUUUCAUUUUCUCAACAACAAUUGCAAGUGUAAACAUUGACAUAAAUUUUCGUAAAGAAAGUGAAAGCAGAAAGAAACUCCCAAGAUUUUGGACUAACACGGGAUUUGCUCCAACACAGCCAAUUGAAAAUGCUGCUGACUUUCUUGAGUCUGAUGAUGUGAAUUUAAAUUUAGAAUUCAUCGGAUCAUUACCCAACAAUGGAAUUAGAAAUGUUCGCAUACAUUGGUUGUUGAAUAUGAUAUCUUUAAGCUACUCAAAUGGCACACAAUUUCCCACUCUCAACUUCAAUCGUCUUGAUAAAUUUCUCUGGAAGCUUAUUAAUGACUACCGUCUUAACCCAACAAUUGAGUUCAUGACAACGCUGAAAUUUAAAAAACUUAACACUGUCAUUUGGGAGGAUUUCGCUUAUCAGGUCAUUUCCAGAUACAUUGGUCGUUAUGGCGUGAAAAAUGUGAGAAAAUGGAAAUUAGAGACAUGGAAUGAACCGGACUUGGACGGUUAUAACUUGCUGAACUUUACGAACGAAGAGUUCAUUGAUUACAUGAAAGGAAUAAGUGAAGGGAUCAAAGCUGUCGAACGACAAUUUUCUUUAAAUAAUACUUUGAAACUUCGUGGGCCUGCUGGGCUAUUUAAAGACGAAAGAAAACAUAAAUUCUGUUGGGGUGUUUUAGAAAACUGCAAUAAGUUUCCCGUUAAAUGUCCAAUUGAUAUCAUAACGUUUCAUAGAAAAGGAAAUGGAAACACUGCCGAUGAAGUUCUCAAUGAAUCACUUGAUUUGAUAGAAGACUUCAAAAAAAGAUUCAAAAAUCUUACGACAUUGAAAUAUUCCAAUACAGAAGCUGAUCCGAUCAAAAAAUGGUCCGAGCCACGUGACUUUCAAUCUGACUCACGUUACGCAGUAAUCUUAACCGAAAUUAUUUUUUCACAUUGGCAAGCUCUUUACGAUGGAAGAAUGAAAAACCUCGAAAGUAUAAGUCAUGACAAUUCAUUCCUAAACUUUUAUCCGAACUUUUUUACUCAGCGAACGUUGCUUGCGAGAUUUCAAAUGAAUAAUACGACACCAAAACAUGUUCAAUUUAUACAAAAGCCAGUAUUUGGUGUUCUUGGUUUGAUUGCUAAUCUCGCAACUCAUGCUGGAAGAGUUCAUACCUUAAAUGACAAAAAUAUUUCAUAUUUAGUCACGUUGAAUAAUCGUUCUGAGAGCUUUUAUUCGUGUAUUGUUAUUUGGAGUCAUGUCAAUCUAAAAGUGUUUUCAAACAAAUCGAAAACAUUUGAUAUCACGAUACAAAAUAUCAUAAUAGGAAACUCAAUCAAUUUAUUCUAUAUUGGUGAAGGAAUUGAUAAUAGGAAAACAAAUCCAUCAGCGAUUUUCGACAGAAAUAGCAAACCACCUUUCCCAGACUUUUCCGUAUUUGAAGAAAUGCGAGCUGCACAAGACCCUACAAUUCUUGUAAAUCCAACAAAAGUUGUCGAUGGAAAAAUAAUUUUGAACCUUCGGUUAAUGCGGCCAUUUGUUGUUGUGAUUAGGAUAUGCGAUAAAAAUGUCACGAAGCCAAAGAAAGUUUUUAAUCUUAGAUUAAGGAGAAUUAAUUCUGAAGAAAUUGUUCUGUUUUGGUCCGAUUCAUUUUACAAAGAAAGAUGUUUGAAAACUUACGAAAUCUUCUUUAAAUAUUUAAUCGAUGACGAUUAUAAGCAAAUUGAAACUCGACACAUUCCAUUCUUAAAUCAUCAGUUAAAGCACACAAUCCCCGGCUGCUUUAAAAUUCGUUCUAGAGAUAUUUUCGACCGUGUCAGCAAGUUAUCAACUAAAAUUUGUUUCAAUGAGACUUAAAUGGUUGAUUCUAAUACACAUCGAAACUAAAACCAAAGCUACAUUGCAUGAAGGGUAAAUGAACAAAACAAAAUUUCAAAAUAUAACAAACAACGUCAACAUUUGUUUUCAUUGUAAUUUUAUUUUUGUCUUUUAUUUGAAUCUCUCAAUAAACAUACAAUUAUUAUUGUCGAUAUUAGAUAAUCAUCAAAUAAUCAGUUUUCUCAUUUCUUCACAUUAUGCUUUCAUAAAUUACAUCAAGCAUUAGAAAAUCACAUUCCAAAUUUUGAUUUGCUAAUGGAAAUUAAAAAUAAUUUUUUGGGGGAUCAUUUAAAUAAAUUUUUUUCACAUAAAAUGAACAAUAAACGAAGUUUUAUGGAAUAUAGAAUACAUUAAGUGCUUGUUACUUUUUCGGCUUUAUUCACCUUCGCUUUAAGCGUUCUUAAUUCUUAACUUAAAAUCUUGUAUUAUUUUCAUAAUCACAUGCAUUUAAAGAAGUUAAAUAAUUUUUUGAGGGCUUAUUCAUUUAGAUCUCUUUUAAUUUAGGCUUUCAAGCUUAAAAAAUUUCUUCUCGUUUGAUGUUUAAAUUUUUACGUUACAGGAUGAAUUUAAGGAUUUUUAAUCAUUAUACAACCUUACUAAAAACUUUCUUUCAGAUUGAUUUUUAAAUGAAAAAUUUCAUUUUUCUUCUCUUAUCAAAGCGAUUUUUUUCCAAAUCUGAAAACGAAUAAGAAAAGUUUGGCAAAAAGCAUAAAAUAUUGUCAAAAUGUGUGUCUUAAUGUUGCAAGUAGGUAGUUUCAUUUUUUUUGUCAGUCAUUGAUUUGUUUGCUGUCACGGCUGAUGAUUCAUUGACGACAUCAGUGGCUGACAAAUGAGUGAAGGUUACUAAAAAUUUUCAGCGAGUCUUUAAAUGCAUUUUUCAAAAUUUUAGUUGAAUAUUUCGUAAUAAAUUCAUUUAAUUUGUUAGAUAAUCAAUUUAUCCUGAGACCACAUUAUUCGAAUUAAUGACAACUUAAUUAAAAAGCCAUCUCAAAAUUAAAAAUUAGUUAUUAUCGAUUUUGAGAGAAACAUUUAAUGAUACAAUUACAUUCAAAAACAUGUCGUUUGGAUUAAUAGAUUUUUUUCUAAAUAGAUAGGAGUCAAUAAUGUUAUCUUUCUUUUUAUAUGCAACAAAAACAUUGCAUUUGAAUUGACAAUGAUACGCACCAAACAUCAUUAAUUGGUGGUACAAGAAUCAAUUUUAUAAUGAACUAGGUACUUCAUCUCAAGAUCAUAAUUUUCUAUGAUUCAGGACAAAAGCAACGCUUACGUAACGUCUAGCACAAGUUACGCGAGGAAUUUUGCGCACGUAAUCACGUUAAGUGUUACUACGUGAGACAAAGCUUUCAGGAAAUAAAUAGAAAUUUCUCAAAUGAUUUAAACUAUUAAUCACUAAUUAAGGUUUACUAUGUAUUCAAGUGUUCUCUAUAAUAAAUUCAACAUAAUAAAUCACAAGAAAUGGAUAAACUGAAAAUACCAUGCCGGUAGUGUUUCUCAAAAUCCCUGUU